UGGAUCAACAACGCUAGAACAGAACAGAUGAGGAUUCUGGUUCCAUUUGGAGAGAGAGAUUAAGUUUCUCAGGAGAUCUUGCACGCUAAAGUCAGAAGGCCUCUUGAGCACUAUUCCUUCAAAGUAAGCUUUCAAUAGUGCUCAAAGAAUUUCAUAAUGGUUCUGUGUGAACAGGCCUCUCAAUCGAUCUUACAGUCAAAGCUUUCGAAGUUUUCUCACGGUGGGGACUUGGAAUUUAUAGUUCCAGGGACUCAAUUUUCAUCGGAGAAUUGCGAGCCCAGAAAGCGAGAGUUUGGUGGAAGAUGAACGGAUCAUCGCAGCCGUUCGUCAAGCUACCGACAGUGGGCGAUAAUGCGAGAAAAUCGCUGCCCGUCGAUUGGCCCCGAUGCGAGAAUGCUUUUUCCCGCGUGGACGCGGUGGAUGGCGCCACGUCGGCUAACUGGCAACGUGCGAUUGAUUUCAAGGCUUGAUAUGUAGGUUUCGCUGCUGGCAUUUUCUUUGAUUGAUAGAAGCGUUCUUCCUUCUCUUGGGGAUAUCUUGCUCGCCAUUCCCUGUGCUUGCGAGAUUUCGAUGAGCUCUCGAUCGAUGCGAGGAGCUGUUCUAGCUAGAUUUCGUGGCUGUUCUCCUCAGGAUCGCUCUUUGCCCUAGGGAAUUUGCUGCUUGCGGUCGUCGCGAUAGAAUGUCGGCUGUUCUCUCCAGGCGCACGACUCCAGUCCGGGGAUUAUCGCUCAAAGAUUGCGAUCCAGAGCGGCUCGUUGCUCCGUCUUCCUGCAUUCUCGACGGGAGCUUCGAAUCCCCGAGCUCUUCCAGCGAUGAGGACUGCGAAAUAUCGGUCCCGGGGGAUGAUUCUUCCUCGGCAUUGCGGCUGCCGUAUACUCCACCGCGAAGGAAAUGGGAGGUGUCGGUGAAGAAUGGGAUCGUUACGACGAAGGAGGUGAGUGUAGAUGAAGAGAUAUCACAAUUCAGCGGAGACGAGGAGGAGGAAGAAGUGAACGAUUUCAGCGAGGACGCUUAUCUUUGCGAGGCUGUUCUAAGGUCCGUGUUCGCUGUCUCGUCGCCCGCAAGGAGCCUGGACGAUAGACUGGCCGAUGCAGAGACUGUGACUGGCGCCUUUUCGACGAUCGAUCGCGCCAUGCUCCACAGCGUGAAGCUCCGAGCCCAGAAAGCGGCACAGUAUCGUCGAGCAGAGCUCUCGCUUUGGCUGGACGCGCUGCAAAACAAUCAACUCCAGUCCGUCAACCUGGACCAAUUCGAGGACCCUCAAAUUUAUGAGCGCUGGAAGCAGCAACAAAUGCAAGAGGUUUCCACGCUGAUUGCGAAGCUCGGUGAGCGUCCAUCUUUCUCUGGCUUUGUCCAAGUGGACGUGGUUUCGGUGGACAAUCUUAAGCCAUUGGAGGUGGGCUGCGUGUCGCCUUUAAGUUGCAGCAGGGAAGCUUUAAAGCAGCUCCAUGUUUAUUCGUCGGUCACUGUCUUGCCGAUGCGAUCUGGAUCAGAAAAAUUCGGCACGGGUGAUCUUGGGAAAGAGCCGACUCCUGCUUUUUUAACUGACGUUGUUCCCAGUACCGGGAAUGCUGAAUGGCAAGCAGCAUCGCCGUGGAUUCCCGUAAGCAGUGUGCAGGACAAAGUGCUUAUAGAAGUCUGGGACAGACAAAUAGGGGGGUCAUCUUUCAGAGCGUCUGGAAAAUCCAAGCUCAAAAAGGUGUUUCGGAGUAGGAGCUCCAGUAGGAGCCUGAAGGUGGCGCCUUGGAAUCAAGAUCCGUUCCUCGGACAAGUGAUUGUCUCUUUCAGUAACAUCGAGUCUCAAGCACUCAGCCAGGGUGUUAUGCAAGGAAAGACUCCAUUGAUGUCAUACAUGCUAGCGGAUGAGAAGGGACGACAGAAGACCAGUGGAAUACAACUGCGAUUUUCUUGUUCGUGCGAAAGAUUUUACAGAGAUGCUCCUUCCAACAAAUUACUCUUGAGACCACCGGUUCCAGAUGUCGAGAAAGCAUUUGAUGCUCUAGUAUCCAUGGCCUACAAGCCACGAAAGGAAGGCAACGUUGACGUUGCUGCACAGUGGCAUGGUAUUGUCGCUGGCUUUGGUUUUCACUAUCGAAUACGUAAGCAAAGAUGCAGCCUGGGUAUUGUGAUGGUUUUGGCACGGAAUUUCCAUAUUAACGUCCAUAUCCUGUCCUCCAUUGUGGAAGAGUGGCUUCCUGUUUGUGACUCAGCACGAGAAGGACAGCUGACGAAAGACGAGCUUGGAUUACACACAGCAGUGGUCUCGAUGCUCGUAAAACCGGCUAUUGAUGCGAUUGAGAACUUUCAGACUGUUUUUGCGCAAAAUCAACCAUCUGGAGGACUAUCAUGCCUUCUCAAGUUGUUGGGCCUUGUUCUCCGCUGGGAUCCGGAUCCUAAAGAGAUUCUCAUUCCACUGAAAAGCUGGAUAAAGAACUCAUGCGAGAAAAGAUUUUAUCACCACCUCUUUGGCGGCAUUUCUUCCACUCAACAACCUACAGAGAUUUCUCUUCAGCAUUUGUCAAAUGUCAUAAAACUGGUGCAUGGGGACGUAACGGAGUUAAGAACUUCUUUCAAAGAUACAUUUCCUGAGGCAGUAUCUUUGACUGCUGUAGCUGUUCCUGUCUAUUACAAAUUGGUGUCCGCGUACGUAAUAAACUGUAUCCGGGUGGCACAAGUGAAGAUGUUUACUAAAGAUUGUGAGAGUUUGAUAAUGGAAAUGCUGUCUUUUCAUAAGGACAUUGAAUUGGCCGGUGAAAAAUGCGAGCUUCUGGAUCUCCAUGGGAUAUUUGGAGACUACAUCAAUCAACUAAUUAGCACCGCGAGAACAAGAAUGGUUGACUGGGUGAGCUCCAGUAUCACUGCAGAAAAGUGGGAGCCUCUUUCAGCUCAGUCGGGUGCCUUAUUUUCUUUCUCCGUUGUAGAUUUAUAUUUUAUGCUUGGUGAAGUUAUGGACGAAAUGAUGACAAGGCUUGCAACACUUCCGUUUGGCAAUUUUUACUUUAAAAAUGUUGAAGACGCGAUCUGUACAGCCGUCAGAACAUACGUUGAGCUUUUAGAGAAGUUGUGCUUGCGGGAUCUUCCUGAAGAAACCACCGCAGAGGGCAUAUCAUCUUCCGAGCUAAGUAUUUCGAAGGCACUUUGCGUGAGUUGAACAACAUGAAUGCUGUCAUGGAACAACACCAGGACUUGGAACGGAGGCUGAUGGAAACACAGCGAAAUAGUAAUGGACGCGAACCCUUGGAAACAGAUGCAGAUGCGAACAAUCUGAGCUUGUUCAAGAUUUUGGAAAGGCACGGAAGUGUGAAAGAUGGUCUCAAUCCCAAGUUUGAGGAAAUACAGCGGUUCACUGAGCAAACA